AUGUGCCUCAGUAGCUCAGAGCCCGGCUCCCGGGGCGCCGACCCCUUCCCGCUGCCGCCGUCGGGGCUGGAGGAGGCGCUGCUGGCCCCGAACUUCUGCAAUGUCUCGGGCAACGCCUCAGAGCGCGAGAGCGCGUCGCCCAGCAGCGACCUGGAUGUGGACACGGACAUUUACUCCAGAGUUCUGGUCACUGCCGUGUACCUGGCGCUCUUCGUGGUGGGCACGGUGGGCAACUCGGUGACAGCGUUCACGCUGGCACGCAAGAAGUCGCUGCAGAGCCUGCAGAGCACCGUGCACUACCACCUGGGCAGCCUGGCGCUCUCCGACCUGCUCAUCCUGCUGCUGGCCAUGCCCGUGGAGCUGUACAACUUCAUCUGGGUGCACCACCCCUGGGCCUUCGGCGACGCGGGCUGCCGGGGCUACUACUUCCUGCGAGACGCCUGCACCUACGCCACGGCGCUCAACGUGGCCAGCCUGAGCGUGGAGCGCUACCUGGCCAUCUGCCACCCCUUCAAGGCCAAGACCCUCAUGUCUCGCAGCCGCACCAAGAAGUUCAUCAGCGCCAUCUGGCUCGCCGCGGGCCUGCUGGCGGUGCCUAUGCUCUUCACCAUGGGCCAGCAGAACCGCAGCGCCGACGGCCAGCACGCGGGCGGCCUGGUGUGCACCCCCGUGGUGGGCACCGCUACCAUCAAGGUCGUCAUCCAGAUCAAUGUCUUCAUGUCUUUUGUGCUCCCCAUGACGGUCAUCUCCAUCCUCAACACGAUCAUCGCCAACAAGCUGACGAUCAUGGUCCGCCAGGCAGCCGAGCAGGGCCAGGUGUGCACAGCUGGGGACAAGCACAGCUCAUUCAGCAUGGCCAUCGAGCCUGGGCGGGUCCAGGCCCUGCGCCACGGAGUCCGGGUUUUACGCGCAGUGGUCAUCGCCUUUGUGGUCUGCUGGCUGCCCUACCACGUGCGGCGCCUCAUGUUCUGCUACAUUCCCGAGGAGCAGUGGACCCUGCUCCUCUACAACUUCUACCACUACUUCUACAUGCUGACCAACGCCCUCUUCUACGUCAGCUCCGCCAUCAACCCCAUCCUGUACAACCUCGUCUCCACCAACUUCCGCCAGACCUUCCUGGCCACCCUGGCCUGCCUCUGCCCGCUGUGGGGGCGCAGGAGGAAGAGGUUCGCCUUCUCCAGGAAGACCAACAGCAUGUCUAGCAGCCACACCUUCUCCAGCAACGUCACCAGGGAGACCCUGUACUAG